AACUUUCUGACCUCCACCCCCCUGGUGGCGUCACGCAGGAGGAGGGAUGACACUUUAAAUAUGGAAAAAGACACGCUGCGCCUCACAGAGUCUCUCCACACGCUUCCAGCCAGACACCAAACGAGCCUUUUCUCCAAGAUGUCAUCUGGGCACGACCUGAACAAGUCCAGCACGAUAUGAAGAUUGUGUCUUCUGCGUUAGAUUUGAUUUGUAGAGUCGAAGAAAUCAUUCCGGCGAGAUAGCUCCAGCUCCUGGACUUUCUUUCUCUACUUUUUAUCCACUGGAAAAGCGCGACAGCUAGAGUAGGUGAAGAUCUCCCAAACACCGACCACGAGAGUGAAAAAAGAUCUGCUGGACGCCACGCUGAUCAUCUUCAGAGGCGAACGUUUGCCACCAUGAGUUCCGACAAGAGCAAAAUGGAGGAUGAAGCGGUGUUGGACAGAGGAGCGUCCUUUGUCAAACACGUCUGCGAUGAGGAGGAAGUAGAAGGUCACCACACUGUGUACAUUGGCGUGCACGUUCCCAAGAGCUACCACCGGAGGAGACGCCACAGACGCAAGUCUAGCCACAAGGAGAAGCGGGAACGAGCCGAACACAGCACGGAAGGAUACAAGUCGGACGGCGAGAACGCAGAUGAGUCGACCGCGAACGUCCUCAAACCUCUCAUUUCUCCAGCUGAGAGGAUCAGGUUUAUCCUGGGAGAGGAGGACGAUGGCCCCCCGCCGCCUCAGCUCUUCACCGAGCUGGACGAGCUCCUGUCCGUGGACGGGCAGGAGAUGGAGUGGAAGGAGACAGCCAGAUGGAUCAAGUUUGAGGAGAAGGUGGAGAAGGGUGGCGAGCGCUGGAGUAAGCCUCAUGUGGCCACGCUGUCCUUACACAGCUUGAUGGAACUCAAAACGUGCAUCGAGAAGGGCACGAUCAUGCUGGACCUGGAGGCCACCACGCUGCCGCAGGUUGUCGAGAUGAUCACCGACAGCCAGAUCGAGACUGGUCAGUUGAGGGCGGACCUGAAGGAGAAGGUCGUGUACACGCUGCUACGGAAGCAUCGCCACCAGACCAAGAAGUCCAACUUGCGCUCUCUUGCAGACAUCGGCAAGAGUGUUUCCAGUGCUAGUAGGCUGUUUUCCAACCAGGAGAACGGUAGCCCAACCACUACCCAUCGAAACCUCACCUCCAACAGCCUGAGCGACUUCUCUGACAAGCCAGAGAAGGAUCAGCUGAAGAAUAAGUUCAUGAAAAAACUGCCCCGUGACGCGGAGGCAUCAAACGUGCUGGUCGGAGAGGUAGAUUUCCUGGAAACUCCCUUCGUGGCGUUUGUUCGUCUGCAGCAGGCCGUCAUGCUGGGGGCUCUAACUGAGGUCCCUGUGCCCACGAGAUUUCUCUUUGUGCUGCUGGGCCCCAAAGGCAAAGCAAAGUCCUAUCAUGAGAUUGGAAGAGCCAUCGCAACCCUGAUGUCAGAUGAGGUAUUCCAUGAUAUCGCCUACAAAGCGAAGGACAGGCAGGACCUGCUGGCUGGUAUCGAGGAGUUCCUGGACGAGGUCAUCGUCCUGCCUCCUGGCGAGUGGGACCCUGACAUCAGGAUAGAGCCACCCAAGUCUCUGCCCUCCUCGGACAAGAGGAAGAACAUGUACGCUGGAUUAGAGACUCCUCAGAUGAAUGGCGAUACUCCUCACGAUGCGGGACACGGUGGGGGAGGAGGUCACCAGGUCGGAGAGGAGCUUCAGCGCACGAGAAAGUUCUGCGGAGGUCUCAUCCUGGAUAUCAAGCGAAAGCUGCCGUUUUUUGCCAGUGACUUCUAUGACGCGCUACAUAUCCAGUCUCUGUCUGCCAUCUUGUUCAUCUACCUGGGCACAGUCACCAAUGCGAUCACAUUUGGGGGCUUGCUCGGAGAUGCUACGGACAACAUGCAGGGAGUGUUGGAAAGCUUCCUGGGUACAGCACUGACAGGAGCAGUGUUCUGUCUGCUGGCGGGUCAGCCCCUCACUAUUCUCAGCAGCACAGGCCCGGUGCUUGUCUUCGAAAGACUCCUCUUCCACUUCAGCAAAGACCACAACUUCGACUACCUUGAGUUCCGGCUGUGGAUCGGCCUGUGGUCGGCUUUAUUCUGUCUGGUGCUGGUCGCCACAGACGCCAGUUUCCUGGUGCAGUACUUCACGCGUUUCACCGAGGAAGGCUUCUCCGCCCUGAUCAGCUUCAUCUUCAUCUACGACGCUUUCAAAAAGAUGAUAAAGCUGGCCCACCACAACCCAAUCAACGCCGAAUACAACUCCAACCUCGUCACUCAGUACGACUGCCGGUGCAUGCCUGGCAACUCAUCAGAACUCCUUGAUCUCUCCACCUCGACAAACAGUACUGAUCUGCCAGCGAAUGCCACCUGGGCGUCCCUGGACAGGGCGCAGUGUCUGAAGUAUGGCGGCCAGCUGGUCGGAGAAGCCUGUGGCUACGUGCCUGACAUCACCCUGAUGUCCUUCAUCUUGUUCUUUGGGACCUACACCUGCUCCAUGUGUCUGAAGAAGUUCAAGACGAGCCGCUUCUUCCCCACCACAGUGAGGAAGCUCAUCAGUGACUUUGCGAUCAUCUUGACCAUUCUCCUCUUCUGCGGCGUGGACGCCUUGGUCGGUGUGGACACUCCAAAGCUCAUAGUGCCAAGUGAAUUCAAGCCCACGAGUCCACUGAGGAGCUGGUUUAUUCCUCCUUUUGGAGGGAACCCUUGGUGGGUGUACCUGGCAGCCGCACUCCCCGCUCUGCUCGUCACCAUUCUGAUAUUUAUGGAUCAGCAGAUCACCGCUGUGAUCGUCAACAGGAAAGAGCACAAACUCAAGAAAGGGGCAGGGUAUCACUUGGACCUGUUCUGGGUGGCCAUCCUGAUGAUCAUCUGCUCUUUCAUGGGCCUGCCGUGGUACGUGGCCGCCACUGUCAUCUCCAUCGCCCACAUUGACUCUCUGAAAAUGGAGACCCAGACGUCAGCCCCCGGGGAGCAGCCUAAAUUCCUGGGUGUCAGGGAGCAAAGAGUCACCGGUAUCUUUGUGUUCCUCCUCACGGGACUCUCUGUCUUCAUGGCCCCUAUCCUCAAGUUCAUUCCCAUGCCUGUGCUCUAUGGUGUGUUCCUCUAUAUGGGUGUGGCGUCACUCAACGGUGUCCAGUUCAUGGACCGUCUGCAGCUGCUCCUGAUGCCAGCCAAGCACCAGCCGGACCUGAUCUACCUGCGACACGUCCCCCAGAGGCGCAUCCACCUCUUCACCUUCAUCCAGGGCCUGUGUUUGGCCCUGCUCUGGAUCCUCAAGUCUACCGUGGCUGCCAUCGUCUUCCCCGUCAUGAUCUUGGCUUUGGUCGCAGUGCGCAAGGCCAUGGACUACGUGUUCUCCCAGCACGACCUCAGCUACCUGGAUGACGUCAUUCCAGAGAAGGACAAGAAGAAGAAAGAGGACGAGAAGAAAAAGAAAAACAAGAAAAAGGGAAGCAUCGACAGUGAAAUUGAAUUUUCUGACUACCCCUACCAUCAAAAUGUCCCCAGUAUAAAAAUCUCUAUGGAUAUGAUGGAAAAGGAGCCCAUGUUGGGGGAUAAAUCUUUGGAUAGAGAUCAAUCCCAGACUUUCCUUAACCCGCAUUCGUCGUGCUGAGCAUUACUUUGAGUCUUCCACAGUGGCUGAGUAAUCUUGACAGAGGAUCAUACAUAAAAGGUUUGCCUCAAAUUCGAAUAGGCCGGGACUCCGAGGAUAACGGUUUCUUCUGGAAGAAGGGCUCUGAAACUGAUCUGUGAAUGAAUCGUCCAAAAGUAGAGCAGAACCAACACAACCAUCCUCUUUUGUACUUUUGUACCGCUUCAUAACGGUAUUUUUUUAAUAUUAUUCCUCAUGUGAGGAUUUGAAUCAGAACGGCUGGAAGUAUUUGUCUUAAAACUGAAACACUUUGGUGGUACUGAAUUUGAAUGAAGGCUGACACAAGAUCCGUUUGACUGUUUGUCAUCUGCGUGAUUUCCUGCAGAAAACAAAAGGGCUACUUGAGGUCAUCUGUAUGCAGUUUGUAUGGGACAUUAAUAUUUUAUUAAUGUGUACACUAAUAAUUUAUUAGGCUUCCAGCUAAAGUCACAGAGGUCCAGGAUACAGUAGGUUUGUAGAAUACAUAUGGCUUGACAUCAUACACACCAGUUUUACCAAACAAUCAGUCUCUUUUCUGAUAGUACUGUUUUUAUAGAAGUUAUUUCUUAAUGUUCCUUGUAGGUUUUAAGUCAUAACUCUUUUUAAGAGUAAAACAUAGCGGAGGUACUGCAUUUGGAGGCGAGAACUGGGGAUACACACGAGAAAUCCUCCUUUUACUUGUAGUGAACAAAAGGGCUAUGAAAGGUCAUCUGUGCACAGUCAUGAGCGGACAUUAAUUUUGUAUUUAUGGGCAUAUUAUAUAGAUAUAUUAUUUAUCAAGCAUCCAUCUAAAGCUGCAUAUUCAUAAAACACAUCCAGAAGAUAAUGCAAGAAUACUAAGUUUGUUGCAUGUAAAGAAGUAAAUGGUUCAACACCAUACAGACUGGAACUCCUUUUUUUUUUUUUUAUAUAUUUAUUAUAUUUAAACUCUCAGCAAAAUAAUUUGCUGUUCGAAUCUAAAGUAUGGCUUUACCAUUUAACUUCCCCAUUUGUGCAAAUUCCUUGUGGUCUGAAUCCACUCAGCUGUCAUUUCCCUGUUUUAGGGAGUUAGACAUAUUGUACCAGUAUGUAGCUCUACCUCUUAUUUUCUAGCUGCCAGGCAUUAUAUAUUAAAAACAUCUGUUGUGCAAUUAUUUGUGAUCAAACACUGAUUUUUUUUUUUUUUUUUUUUUUUUUUUUUUAAUCAACUGGCAGUGCAUAGCAUCUUUGAAUCUUCAUGUUCAGUUCCUUUUUGUUCUCUGACACUUAAGAUAUUGUAUUUUUGUUUUUUUUCGUUUGUCUGUUAAAUAAUUAUGUAUGAUUUUACAGUGUUUUAAAGGGUAAUUCCACCAAAAUUACAUUUUAGGUUUUUCAAUCAAAAAGCAAAACGAUUCAUAAUUGUUUUAACUAUCGUGACACAUAAAGGGUAAAUAAGACAUAAAAUAGAAUUAUCUGGUAAUAAAACUUUUGUUUUUUUCUUUUUUGUUUCAUGUACAAACGUUAGUGAAGUGAUAGCCUGUCCCUCAUUUAACCCAUUUGAAUGAAUGCAGUUUAAUGUUCUCACACACCUGACCAUUAACUUAACCCCUAAAAGUCUAUUUGAGUUGAAUUUUCCUUUAAAAUGUGAUCAUAUUUAAAAGCCGAUAAUGUGAUAAAUUUUCAGUCUUUGAGUAUAUUUUUUAUUUUUAAAUGAUGUAUGUGUUUUGUUUUUUUUUUGUUUGUUUUUUUAUGAAAAUCAACAAUCACUGUGAGGCAAUGCAAUGUUGUGACUUCAAGUCCUGGAAGAACUACUGCUUUAUAGUGUACAGAGAAACAAGUGCUUCAUUU